ACGCUUCCGAGUCGCACUGCCAGGGCGGCGCUGCGGUCGGCCUGGCUCGGGCACCGUCACCGCUGCCAGCGCUCCAGGUCAUGACGUCAUGCCAGCAGCUGUCAAACGGUAUGGAUCACCCGACCAUAGAGUACACGAAACUAAGCCACGACAGACUGGACGAAGCCCUUGAUCUGAUGGUCAGCUGUUUCUUUACGCGUGAACCCACGUUCUCAGUGCUCUCCGGCCUCGCGGGUGGCACGCCCGAAGAUCACCGGCUCUGGCUCAGUGCCUCGCUCCCCGAGUGGCACUGGGACGCCAGCUGGCUGGCGCUGGACGUCGGCACCGGCUGCGUCAUCGGCGCCAGCAUGUGCGGUGUUUACGGCGUCGACGAGCGCGACCCGUACUGGCGCCUGUACGAGACGGGCAGCGAGGCCGCCCGCGUCUACGGCAGCUUCAUGGACGAGGUCGGUCACAGCUUCGACGCUUUCAAGAGCCUGAACGUGCCCACGGUGUCUGAGAAUCUUCUCCUGGCUGUUGACCCCAGGUACGGUGGCCUGGGCGUGGGAUCGGAGCUGUGUCACCGCACGUCGGUGGAGGGCGCCGUGCGCUCCGGCGCGCCCGUCUCGCUCUGCUUCUGCACGUCCAGCACCACGCAGCGCAUCUACGAGCGCCUCGGCUUUGAGGUCGGCUGCGAGACCGACUACGCCGGCUCGGCGCUGGAGCGGGCCGUGGACGUGACGCCGAUCCUGCCGCACCGCGCCUGCCGCGUCAUGUACAAGCGGUUGGGCAGGGCGUCAACGUCGAGUUCUUGACGCGUGGGCUACGGGGCUGGUGGGUGGUACGCGCGUGCCGUGCAGGUACAGACGCGUGCGUUGGGUGCCAUGUAGUGAGACUGGUCGGGUCUGGUGGCGAUGCAGCGCCAGUCGCUUAGGAAGUUGAAGCCUUCAUUGACGAGAUAUCAUACCUCGGGGACUAUAUUUUUAAUCAUGCAACGGGUUACGCAGUCUUCUUAAAAUAGCAGACGGGAACAAACGGAACAUAUGUACGCCACGCACGGGCUUAGCCUGUCCAACAAAAUGGAGGAGCAAUGCACGGGGCGUAGACAUUGUGUAGUGGGUGGAGCACGUACUUGUAACAAAGUGUUGCUGACUGCGGUUUGUAGAUUUUACAAAAUGUUUUUUGUCGCGCGCAUAUCAUAGCGAAGAUAGUUUAGUGACGCAAAGAAUAGUACACGAGGUAGCAGAAAAUGAGACCCAGGUAGACUCGUAAAAUUGUAGCAAGGGAUGGCGGUGCAGGCACACUUCUGAGACAUGUAGCCAUGUGGAGGCCCUGUUCUCCAACCCUGGAAGCUCUGCUCUCCUUUGGUACAAAAACGUCUUGGCGUAAAGACGUGGGACCAAUAUGGAACACUUGUCAGAGCAUGGAGUUAGUGCGACUUCCUCUGUUGUUAUUUUAGACCUGUUACACGGACGGUUCAGCAUAUUUUAAAGGAAAGUGCGCUCUACUCUCAAGCAUGGGAGGCACAUUUCAUGUUCCUAAUUCAGUGGCUCGAAUACUCGCUCUCAAUGACAAGCAAGGCGCAAACGUGGAAAACUGAUGUUCCCUCGACGCAGUUUAGCCCUAUUUGAGCCAUGCUGUGAUGCUCCUGCGAAGUCGGCUGAUUAAAACUUUGUAAACGUCUCAAUAUGUUAACUGCCCUGCAUGACUGUGUCUGCCAUGCGGUGAUACAAAUGUAUUUUUUGAAGGCCAAAAUAUUUCGUACCAUUUCAUGCCAUUUCAUACCAUUUCAUGCCAUUUCAUACCAUUUCGUACCAUUUCGUACCAUUUCAUCAAAAUAUUUCGUACCAUUUUCAAGUAAAUUGGGAAAACUUUCAUGAUGGCGCAGUUUGUCCGUGCUGAUUCACCGAACUUGCAAUGCCCUAGCACUGGCGAAACCAUUUGAACUGUGCCAUCCAUGGGCGCCUCAUGUCACUACCCUCGCAAGCAGGGUCAUCAUGGUGAGCAGCGUCGCGCAACGGCGCCCGCAAAAAAGAAACAAAGUUCCCGAAUGUGUUGUCGGGCGCGCGAUCCGGCGUGGCGGACGUGAAGGCCCCGACCAGCGGCUACCUUCGUGACAACCUAGCGCCGUGCGACACUGCGUCAUGCGGCGCAGCAUCGUGCGACACAGUGCCAUGCGGCACAGCAUCGUGCGACACAGCGUCACGCGACGCAGCGUCAUGCGACGCAGUGCCAUGCGACGCAGCAUCGUGCGACACAGCGUC